AACAGGCCAGCAGAGACCAACUCAGAGGUGGACAAGUCGGCAUCACCCUCAGUGGCUCAGCUAGCAGGGAAAUUCAAAGAGCAAGCAGCCAGUAUCACUGGAAAAGAGGUACCACCACAUAAGCCAACUCGGAGGAAACCACCAUGCUCCCUUCCAUUGUAUUCCCACAAAACUGAGACAAGUGACAAUGAUGAGCAAAAGAGGUCUCCAAAUGCUUGCCCCGUUCCCAAGGUCAAGGUGAAAAGCUCCCCCAUGAUUGAAAAGCUGCAGGCCAAUCUGGCUUUUGCUCCAGCUGCUCUGCUGCCGGGAGUGUCUCCCAAGAGCCCUGGUCUGAAAGCGCUGGUGUCUCCGUUCGGCACGCCGCCCUCAACGCCCAGCAGCCCAGGGACUCAGUCGCAGACCAGUGAGGCAAGCGAGACACCAGUCAGCUUUGAUCAGCCUCCAGAAGGCACUCAGCUGCAGUUCUAUAACAAGGUGCGGACACGAGGAUCAAUAAAGCGCAGGCCUCCGUCCAGGAGGUUCCGAAGAUCUCUCUCCGAGUAUGGAGAUGGAGAAGAUUUAGGAAUCAACAUCCCCUCUCCAGAAAAUGGUGCCAAGGAAGAUGGGGAUGAGGUCUUUGUGCCCAAGGGCAAGAUAGAGGAGGCAGAAACAGGGAGCAAAGAGCAAAAGAAGCAGGAAGGAUCUGAUGAGAAGCCCCCAUCAAGGAGAGGAUCCAGCAGAUCAGAAAAUGAAGAAAAGGGGGAAAAACAGGCAGAGGAAGUGACUCUGUGCAAGAAUAACACAGAGAAUACAAAGGAGGAGGAAGUAUGUCAUGGUACCCCAGGGGAGGAGAACUCUCCCCAGCCUCCCUCUGGAAGCAAGGAGGUGUGUCCCCGGGGAGAAGAGCAGCAAGGCACUCCCCGUGAACAGGAAAAGAGGGACAAGGAGAAGGAAGAAGCUGAAGCAAAGGAGACCAGUGAGAGCACAGAGACAGGGAGAACAUCAGACACUGAAGAAACAUCAGCAGCACCUGAACC